GCAGGGUCUUCCAAGCCGUUGUUCAUCCCUGGAAAUUCUGUGUUGAAGUGGUUGUCUUUUAACUAGACCUCCACCGCCCGUCUUAACCAUUUGUCUCAUCCAAACUUCCUACAAAGAACACAUACACCAGACGGAUCGACGUACUUCACACCGCAAACAUGUCAUCGCCUCGGAGAAAGCAAAACCAGAAGGGCCCGGAGGAGCGGGAGGAGGAGCAACCACAGCAUCGCGCCACCGCCGAAGACGACGCGGAUGAGGACAACAACGAUAACAAUGACAUUCGGCGGCGGAAUGACGCCGAAGAAGGAGACGACUAUGACGAGGAGGACCCCGAGGACGAGGAACAGCAUGCGCUCGACGACGACUACCAGACGGGUGACGACCAAGACCAAGACCAGGACGAGGAGGACGAAGAGGACGGCGAGAACUAUCCGCGUCCCAAGAAGCAAAAAGAAGAAGAGGCAGACGAGCACAGCCCUGCCCUCUCGCAGCCCCCAACACCCAAGGCUGAUGAGAAGCCGCAACCCAAGUGGAUGCAGAAGAAGAAGAAGCCGAAGCAAGCCCAAGACCAGCAAGUGGAGCGCCGCCGCCGCCGCCGCCGUAACCGUUAUAGCGACGAGGAGACGGAGGACGAGGAGGACUAUGAUGACCAGAUCGCCUACCAACAGCAGCAGCGCCAGCAGCAGAUGCAAAUGCAACAACAGCAACAACAAAUGCAGCAACAGCAGGGCGACGGCGGUGGUAAGAACCCGCUCAAGCUCCGGCUGGACCUGAACUUGGAGAUCGAGAUCGAGCUCAAGGCGCAUAUCCACGGCGAUUUGACGCUGGCUUUGCUUAACUGAGCAAUUAUUGAGAGAAUAGCACGGGCUAACCAUGGCGUUCUUGGCUUCGUUCGCUGCCUCUCAGGGAUGGCAUGUAAUCAAAUUAUUUCAUACUCUCUCAUCGCACGCCCGCUACUACGGCACCGACAGCGGGUAACCGGAGAGUGGCCCCGGUGUUCACGAUGCCACUAAACUUUGGACUCCUUGCUAUUUUGGAGGUUGUC